CUGACAAGCGCUAUAUCAACGUUGCAGCACAGUUGGAAAAUGGCGUCUGCCAUCAGUCACCUUGGCCGGGUUCUCUCUCGGCUUAAAACUGCAGAGUUUGUGAAGGUUUCAAAAUGUUUUGGCCAAACAAGAUUUUUUCACAUACAAAACACCAACAGAGCUGUAAUGAAGUUGGACAUGCCUUCACUGUCACCUACUAUGUCAGAGGGAAGCAUUAUCAAAUGGCACAAGAAAGAAGGAGAUGCAAUUGCCCCCGGUGAUGACCUUUGUGACAUCCAGACUGAUAAGGCUGUGGUUACCAUGGAUACAGACGAGGAAGGGAUUCUAGCAAAGAUAUUAGUUCAGGAGAACACUACGGACAUCAAGGUGGGAACACUGAUUGCCUUGUUGGUUGAGGAAGGUGAUGACUGGCAGAAUGUUCAGGUCCCCACAGAUGUUGGGUCACCGGCUGGUGGUGGUAGUGACAAGUCUGGAGGAGAGAGCCCAGGGGCAGAGAGUCCUGUAGCUCCAUCUACCAAUGUGGGGCCUAUUGGACCGUCUGUUCGUAAACUGAUGGAGGAAUACAAUCUAUUUGGUGUCUCUGUACCUGGUACAGGGCCACAUGGCAGACUCACAAAGGGGGAUAUACUCAACUAUAUAAAAACAAACAGUUUAAGUAAACAAGAAUUGCCAAUGCAAUCUGCACCUUCUACACAGUCUGUCACUAAACCAGUAUCGCCACCUACUGGGCCUCCUCCACCAGUCCUGGACAUAGAGGGUGCUGAAUUUGUAGAUUUAGAACUGUCUUCAAUGAGGAAAACCAUAGCAAAACGACUGACACAAUCUAAGACAACUAUACCACACGCCUACAUGUCCGUUGAAUGUGAUUUAGGUGCUGUUACAAAAAUGAGAAAACAGCUGAAAAGUGAAAAUGUGAAAGUGUCUGUGAAUGAUUUUAUAAUCAAGGCAUCUGCAUUAGCACUUCAGAGAGUUCCUUCUGUCAAUUCUGUGUGGCAAGGGGACACAGCACAGUCCUCUCCAGUUGUAGAUGUGUCUGUGGCCGUGGCAACUGAUCAAGGGCUGAUAACUCCAAUUGUUAAAAACGCAGCUCACUUACCUGUAGAGGAAAUAUCAAGUACAGUCAAGGACUUAGCUGUGAAGGCCAGGGAAGGAAAGCUGCAGUUACACGAGUUCCAAGGAGGAUCCUUUACAAUCUCCAACCUUGGGAUGUUUGGUAUCAGCGAGUUCACCGCCGUUAUAAACCCUCCUCAGACUGCCAUCAUGGCUGUUGGGACAUCCCGGCUUGUGCUCAGCAAUGAGGGUACACCUCAAACGAAUCUCACUGUUAGUCUGUCUUACGACAGUCGUGUUAUAGAUGAAACCGAAGCGUCACGGUUCCUGGAAGUUUGGCGUGACGUCAUGGAAAACCCUAGUUUUAUGGUCUCUGGGUCUCCAAAGUCUCAACUUAAAGCAGAUUUUGCAUGAUGAUAUAACAAAUAAAUAUAUUAGAUCUUUUAACUA